AUCAACUUUGAUAGAAUAAAUCUAAACCAGUUACGAUAAGGAGACCGGGUUUACCUCUACUACUACCACUACUAGUAUAUAAACUGUAUAGAACAAAUCAAAAUCGGUCAAAACUCUUAAGUUGAUCUAAUCCCGUCAGUCGGUGAAGGCAAGGCAAUAGAGAAUCCAUGGCGGAACACUUGGUAUCUAUAUUCGGUACAGAGGACAGAGUGAACUGCCCUUUCUACUUCAAGAUCGGGGCCUGCAGGCAUGGCGAUCGCUGCACACGGCUUCACACGAAACCUACCAUCAGCCCAACCCUUCUUCUCUCCAACAUGUAUCAGCGUCCCGACAUGCUCGCCUCUGGCACAAUCGAUCCCCAGAGCAACCUCGACCCCCGCGAGAUGCAGGAUCACUUCGAGGAUUUCUAUGAGGAUUUGUUUGAGGAGCUGAGCCAGUAUGGUGACAUUGAGAGUUUGAAUAUCUGUGAUAAUUUGGCUGACCACAUGGUUGGGAAUGUUUAUGUCCAGUUUCGUGAGGAAGACCAUGCUGCAUACGCUCUUCAAAAUUUGAGUGGAAGGUUCUAUGCAGGGCGUCCAAUCAUUGUAGACUUCUCUCCAAUUACGGAUUUUCAUGAAGCUAUGUGUAGAAAAUAUGAGGAGAACGCAUGCAGUCGUGGUGGCUACUGCAACUUAUCCAUCUGAAGAAAGUUAGCAGGGAAACGGAGCAACCAGAAUCUGCUGAUCAAAUUGAUAGUACUUACGAUGACAAUGACGCGAAUGGCAGCGAAUUUGCAAUGAAUGGGGGUUUUGUUGAUAAUCCUCCGCAGCAAUAGUGGUGUUGCUGUACAUCUACCGGCAUGAUCAGAAUUCUAUGGUCCAUUUCUGAUUCUUUUAUUGAACUGAUACUGGAAUAUUUUUUUUUUCUGGAAUUAAAGAUUAUAGUAUUAUACAGCUUUUCCCAGCAGAGAUGGAGAGGCUUUACGAACUCAUAUUUUCAUGUGUUCAUGACGAGGGCAGCGAGGAUGAAUGAAGUCACAGGAAUUUAUAAUUUUCUUUUUCUUUUUGUCAAUUUCCUUUGGUAGUUUUGAUCUUGUGGACUUUGCGAGUUUUGCAGGUUCAGGAUUUAUUACCUUCAUGGAUCGGGCCUCGACCUUUUAUGUCAGCUCACCUUGAUAUUUGUAUACAGGUUGGAUGUCCUAUGCCACAGCAUAUUUGCCGGACUUUGUGUGCAGGUUGGGAUUCCUUUUUGCCUAAAUAGGGUUCUUACCCAAUACAACUUUUCAAUAAUAAAUUUUGUAUUCUGGGAGUUAGAAUAGCAUUGUAAGACUCUUCAAGAACAUUUUAUCAAUAGUUUCCUUUGUUGAGCUUACUAUUCUGUUCUGUUUGGGAUGAGGCAGUAGAGUAGAGAGGUUGGAACAAUGAUGCCAUGAUAGGGGGUUGUCGAUUUAACUGGACUCAUUUGUGACAAAAUAUUUUGCUUAGU